UCAGAUUUUGUUUUACAACUUCAUACAUCUGAGGCAGUGUCUUGUGCUGACUUGAUAAAAGUAUGUCGGAGGAGAAGAGCAGAAAGACACUGUUGAAGAAGAAGAAAUAUUAUGAGAACUGCUCUGGCUGUAAGGUUGAUAAGCUCAAAGAAUUAAAACAAGGUUUACCCAUUCGGGAAAUCAUUUCUUUGUGGUUUGUUGCGGUUUGUAAUUCACUGUCAGGAUCAUCACUCGUUCCCUUCCUUUAUUUCAUGAUUGAUGACUUCCUUGUCGCCAGACCGGAGGAAGAUAUUGGCUACUAUGCUGGCUUUGUGGGGUCUUCAUUCAUGAUUGGCAGAGCUUUAACAUAUGUCUUAUGGGGAGUGGUGGCUGACCACUAUGGUCGAAAACCCGUAAUAUUAUCUGGGACCAUCUCAGUGGUUGUUUUGAGCACUCUCUUUGGGCUUAGUAUAAACUUUUGGAUGGCUGUCAUCACAAGAUUUUUUCUUGGGAGUAUGAAUGGUUUACUUGGAACGAUAAUGGCAUAUGCAACUGAAGUUAUGCGUGAAGAACACCAAGCUUUAGGACUGUCAGCUGUGAGUACAGCAUGGGGCAUGGGACUCAUCAUGGGCCCAGCAGUGGGUGGUUGUUUGGCUCAGCCAGCAGAUAAGUAUCCAAACAUAUUCUCUAAAGAAUCUUUAUUUGGGAAGUUUCCAUACUUCUUGCCCUGCUUUGUUAUAUCACUUAUUGCUUUGGGAGUAACUAUGGCUUCUUGCUGGCUUCCGGAGACGUUGCACAUCCAUAAGGAAGACAAUGUAUCAUGUGAUUUCUCAAAUGAUCAAAUGGAAUCUGCAUCCUGUGGGUCUGAUGCGGAUUUUAAAGGACAAGAAGGAAGCAAGAAAACUUCUAAGGAAGGCCUCAUUAAGAAUUGGCCCUUAAUGUCUUCUAUUAUUGUUUACUCUAUUGUUGCACUGCAUGAUAUGGCUUACUCAGAG